AUGAAUUGUAUUUUUGGUUUAAUUUAUUCAGGAAGAAGAGCACGUCGUGGCCGGCCACGGCUUGGUACAAAAAGUGGAAGACACUUAGCUUCAACUCAUGGAGGUUCGCCAUCAAGAAAUGAUUGGUUACCUGGUCCAUUGGACAUGAGCACAACGCCACCAACAAUGCCAGCAUUUCGGGGAUUUGAAGAGUCAUCACCUGACGGCGUGGUGCACUUGGGCGAAGGGAUUGCAGUUUGUGAAGAGCAGCUAAAGGCAGUCAAGUGGAGCGACUAUAGAAAACUAACCCGAGGACUCGCAGCAAUACUUUUUAGUCCUACUGAACUUGCUACGUGUUCUGUUACUGGACAAAGAUGGAGUCGAGCUGGAACAGCUACUGAACGACCAGUAAAACCUGCGCUUGAUCGAGCAAAAGUACAGGCUAUUAUA